ACGGCACUUUAGCUCAUGGCGGUUUGCUUAUGAGUUAUGACCAAUAAUUAGAGAGACUUGCGAAUGUUUGUAAAAGUGACGUACAGCCCGCUUUGAUAUGAUCGACUGAUUUUUAAGAUUAUGUUUUAUAAAUUCCGUUUCGAAGCUGGCAGCGAAAAUGUCUCAAAGGCAGCACUCAUUAUUGUCCGGUACUGGCAGCGCAGAGGCUCGGGGUUACGUUCCCGCAAUCAGCAGUCGUAUCCGGAACAUUUUAGCCAGUGGUGCGCUGAGCGACAUUGAACUCGCUGUUGGGCGCGAUCACGGCGAAGUGAAAAUUUUCGCAGCCCACAAGCUGAUUUUAGGUAUCAGCAGCGAUGUGUUUUACACGACAUUUUACGGAGAUUCGGCUGAACGAGGAGAUAUCAUUAAUAUUCCGGAUAUUCCCCCCGAAGCAUUCUUUAACAUGUUGAGUUACAUUUACACUGAUACCAUGACAAGUUUGACACCGGAAAAUGUUGUGCCAACUCUGUAUUGCGCCAUAAAAUAUGAGUUGCCGUGGCUGGAAGAAUAUUGCAAACAAUUUGUCCGGGAGCAGCUGAGUGCCCAUAACUGCCUGUUGAUUCUCGAAAAUGUACUGAAGUGGAGCCCGCACUGCGACCGCUUUCUAGAAGACUGCUUAGACGUCAUCGAUGAAUUCAGUAAAACCGUUUUUUUAUCCGAGAACUUCUCCGCUAUCGGAAAGAACACAUUAUUCACGAUUCUCCAGCGCAGUACCCUGUCGGCAGAGGAGAAUACCGUCUAUGAGGCAGUCGAAAAGUGGGCUACGGCGGCGUGCAUGCGCAACCGUUCGCUCCCAUCGGCAUUUAAUCGCCGUAAGGUGUUGGGAGAAGCGUUUUCUCUUGUCCGCUUCCCGCUGAUGACCGAUGAACAGCUGGCUAACGGUCCCGUCAAAAGCGGUCUCCUGAGUGCCACUGAGAUGUGUGGCAUCUUCAUGUGGAGAAAUAAGGCAACAGAAAAGCCACUGGACUUUAACACUCAGCCGCGGACAUACGCGGCGGAAGUUUGCCCAAUUGGUGAUGAGGCGUUUUACAACCUCCGUGAAAAGAUUUUCAUGCUAUGCGUCAGCGGCUUUUGGCUACCGGCCAUCGUUACAGGAAACUAUCGGGUGGAUAUGGAGCUAUCGGGUUUUACAGAUACAGCCGUUCCCGAAAAAGCCGUCCCAGAGGAAACUGUUCGCGCGGUGGAUAUUCUCCAACACGGUCUGCCGGUGUUGGUGCGCGUCGACAAGUCCAUUCAGAGUGCACUUCAAUCACUCAGUUCCAGUGGGAAGGUCAGCAAUCAUCCGGAUUCGCAGUUUCAGUGAAAAGUCGGGUAGGGGGAACUCAGUGAAGUAAGCAUUUACCAUAACCUAACCGCAAAACGUCAGUCUCUGUCAACCGAAAAUUGGAUCUUGUUAACCUAAUUAAAAUAUAAAAAAAAGAACCGAAGGCACCUGAGAAACCAUGAGACGAUAAACCCAGAAAGCUUGUCACACGACUAUAGAAGUAAAAAAAGCAGUUUCUUAGCAUACCCAUUCUCGUACCAACACAUUUAAUGGGCUGAUCUUAAGGUUCAUAAUAUUUUCGGAUGUCUCUUUGUUCUCCUGUCCCCAGAAGGGGGACAAACGCGCUAACAAAUCUUGUAGCCAUUUUAACUGAUUGCAGCUGGUUAGAUACGAUGGUGUUAUACUCUUUGGUGUCUGGAAAAUUCGAAUUUCCCAAGCGAAGAAAUAUCUGUAGUCGGACGGAAACACUUUCUUGUACUGCUUUAUGACAUUACAGCUAGUGCAUAAUUUAAAAAAAAAACAGAAAUAAUCUAAGGAUCUGACGAGUCAAAUAUUGCGACCUUUUGCACUCCCCAAGAAGCGUUACAAAAUUUUUAAUUUUUUGACACCAAAUUUUGGGCACUGGACAAAACGUGAUUCGCGUGUUCCCGAAAUUUAACGCUGCCGAAGUGACCGGACGCGACCAGAAUCACCUACGACGGAUUUUAGUGUUGUGGCAUCUGCCACGUUUUAUCGCUUGCCAGACCCGGUACUGGCAGAUGCCACUGCCAGUGGCAAUUGCCAGUGUGGCAGGUGCCACUGCCACUUUACAUUUACAGAAAUUAAAUUUAUCAGAGAAACCAGAACUCAAAAAUGAAACAUGCAGGAGAACUCAGAGAACAUACGUGUGCACUCGCGCGAUUGGACACCACGUAGCUGCCGCUACGGCGUACGCCUUUACAGACAA